GCCAACUGCUCAGUACCAGUAGAGAAACCAUCGUGUUCGGAGGCGAGAACGAUAGCUGCCUGUGCUGAAGUGCUGAUUGUUUUUUUUAUUGAAGGAUCUAGUGCUCACAAAAAUACUGUGCUAAUGGUGGUUCUCGAGUCCAAAGGGAUGUUGACUGCAGGCAGUAAUCAAUAUUUACAACCGGAUUACCUGUCUCCACUACCCACCACGCUGGACGCCAAAAAGUCACCCCUCGCGCUCCUGGCGCAGACAUGCUCCCAGAUUGGAGCAGACUCUUCCAAACCUCUGCCUUCUGAGAAGAAGAAGGAGGAGGAGAAGAAGGAAAAGUCGACCCCAACACCACAAGACUCCACACGACGCUCUCCGGCGUUUAAGCCGUACGAGAGCGCCACCAAGAAGAACAUGACUGAGGAGACAAACAACGAGGAGAAGACCUCUGGCAGGAAGACCCCGGCCAGUCACCCCUCCAGUGCCAGGUCCCCCUCUAACUCCAGCAAUGGAGGUGGAUCCUCGGGGGGUAUUACCAAGGAGGAGAGUGGGCGUCGGAGUAUCGAGGCCAGUGCCACCUCCUCGGCCUCCACCACACCCAUCAUCAGGUCGGGCCUCGAGGUGCUGGCUGGCCACCCAAAAGAUGUUCCCCUUGGCACCUACAGGACUGGAGUGCCGACACUGCUGUCCCCAGGCUACCCUGGCCUGGAGAGUCACCCUGCCCUGCGAGGUGCUCACCCUGGCCUCAUGCACGGUCUUGGCCUACACGGACUACCCUCCACAUUGGCCUCCGUCUACCCAGGCGCCGCUGCCGCCGCCCUCUACUCCUCCGCAGGCCUCCACAGUACCGCCUGUCUGUCUCCCUCAAUCCUGGCCUCGCCUUACCUAACCUACACACGUGUUAAAACUGCAGGAGGUGGCGAGGCUGUAGUGCCAGUGUGUCGUGACCCUUACUGCACCGGGUGCCCCUACUCCGUGCAGAACAACCACCUUCUACAGUCAGGUGGCGCCUGCCCUCCGUCAUGUACACAGUGUGAGCAGGCAAAAGCAGCGUUGAGUGCCCUGCCCGGUCUUUCAUCCUUACCCUCGUCGUCCCUGGUGCCCGCCAGCAGUAUCCUGCCGCCCACCUCCGUGGCUGCGGCUGCUGCUGCCUCCCUCUACUCUCCCUCCCCCUCCUCACUCCUUACCGCACCUCCAAGACCCUACUUGUGCAACUGGAUAGCCGGGGACACCUACUGCGGAAAGCGGUUUUCCACGUCUGAGGAACUGCUACAACACCUCAGGACCCACACCAACAUGACUGCCGACACCACCUCCCUCAGUCUUCUUUCCAGCCCUCUGCAUGCCCACGCCGCCCUUCUGGGAUCAGCUCACUCCGCCCUCUCCCGGCCUGGCAUGCCCUACCCUCCGCCCGCCCUGUCCCCCCUGACGGCCAGCAGGUAUCACCCGUACAACAAGCCCACCUCCCUCUCUGCGUCAGCCGCCCUCACACCAACACUACCCGGCCUCUCUCCUUACGCUUCUGCUCUCUCAGCCUAUCCUCCAGGUUACCCCUCGCCCUAUGCCGGCCUCUACCCCAGGCCGCCCCUCUGAUGUGCGCCCUCCUAAACUAAGUGAGACCUCCGGGACUCACAGCUCCGGCAGGUGUGGGGGGGAAGGAACGUGCUGGUGAAACUCAUAUCAGGUGCUAUAAUCAAAAAGACCCGCCCCUUAGAGGCGACUGUGCCAAAGCAUCUGCUCAGCAGCCAGUGAGAAGUGGUACUCAGGCCGCCGCCGGUUUAUAGCGGGGCGAGGAGAGGCGCUGUGGAACUCUCGGGGAGUGACGCGCCCCUCCUGGCGGUGUGUGGCUGGGGUGGCAGUAGCAGUGUGGCGCCCUCAGUCGCCGCCGCCACAUCACCUCACCACCGCCGCCGUCGCCCAUCAGGCCUCCAGGACCGCACAAAAAUCUCGCCCAGGAAUUAUAACAGUUUAUUGAAAAACAAAAGCAGCAUCAAGUCUGCGAUGGGAUUCUCUUGGCGAAUAUUUUUGUGCUUAAUGAUUCUUUCAUUUGUUUUUUGACUGUGAUAGCCUAAGUUUGUACAUAAUAUCCUGUAAAUAUUUUUCUCAGUGGUGAAUAUGUAUAUUGAAAGUUAUUUGGAAUUAUGCCUAAUUAUUAAAAUAUAUGAGUUUUCUAAGAGAAACCUCAUGGUUUUGAUUUACCUUGGACUGCCUGACUACCCCAAGUGCACACUGAAGGUAAAGUGUAAACUUAGGCAAGCAACGCUCCCCAGCAGCCAACCAAAGCGAAAGGUUUAUAACAAAACCAUAGUCGUGAUCAAUGACUUACUAUGUUUAUAUUUUUCUGUUGAAUAAAAUCCUGAAAUGAACCAGAUUGCACCAAUGUUUUCUCCACAUAGGCUUUUAAAAUUCAUGACUAUUUUUCAAAUGCUUCAUCUUCAUUGUUCUGUUUUGCACAAAGAACAUAUCUAGUCUGCUCAACUUGAGAAAUAUGUGCAACUUUCUAUGUACCUUAAAUUAAAAAUUUACCACUGCUAUUCUCCACAAAUAUAUAUCUAUAUAAAUUGCACGCAAUAAAGAAAACAAAGUCAGA